CAAUAUAUUAAAUAAAUCAAAACUUUAACCUUAAUAUUUUGUCGGCAGCCCUGCCUUUACUCACCUAAACGUACCCAUUUGAAGCAUACAUGCUUUCAGUUCUAUACAUGAAAAGAACGGGGUUGGUGCAAGAUAAAGCGAAAACGAGGAGAUCCGACGUCGUUUCCUGUACAGAACUUAUCCAUCGACUUCGGCGAAGGAAAGGACAAAAUACUUUUUCCCCUUCUUUUCAUUUCUCGUUUUCUCCUCUUCCAUCCUGAUUCUGUAGUAGCUACCACUGAAUCUCAUCAUGAUUUUUAUCGGAAGAUCUUCAAAGUGCCUCAAGCAACUGUCUCUAAUCCAACGCCUCCAAAUCCGCCAGCUGUCCGUUCCGCCACAAUCUCCGUCAUCCUCUUCAGAGUCUCUCAUCAAUGCCGUAAACAGCGAUAAAGAUUCCGGUUACUGUUCUCUUAUGAGAUGGUUAUCGGGAAUCACAAUCGGCUCGAGCCUAGGGUUACUUUACUGGUCUUAUACUUCAAAUUCAGAAUUUACAAAGCAGUUAUUGACUUUCGCUGACUGUUCAACGUCAACGGUCGCCGAUGAGUCUACAGUGGAUCAUGAUCUCAGUUCUUUCAGCAGUUCCUUAUUUCGCAAACUCUCACUACCUGAUUACAAGCACAGCUCCACCUUUCUAUUUGGAGAGGCAUAUAGGAGGAAGGUGUUCUUCAAUUAUGAAAAGCGAAUGAGGCUGCGAAGUCCACCUGAGAAGGUCUUUGAGUACUUUGCAUCAGUACGAUCACCGGAAGGAGAAUUACUUAUGACACCAGCAGAUUUAAUGCGGGCAGUUGUUCCUGUUUUCCCUCCAUCUGAAUCCAACCUUGUCAGAGAUGGAUAUUUACGAGGGGAAAGGAGUCCUGGGGAUUUGUGUUGUGCUCCUUCAAAAUUUUUUAUACUGUUUGAUGUGAACAAUGACGGACUUAUAUCAUUUAAAGAGUACAUUUUUUUUGUAACUCUUCUUAGCAUACCUGAAUCAAGCUUUUCUGUGGCCUUCAAGAUGUUUGACAUUGACAACAACGGGGAGAUUAGUAAGGAAGAAUUUAAGAAAGUGAUGGCUUUGAUGCGAGCACAUAACAGACAAGGGGCUCACCACAGGGAAGGACUUCGUGUUGGACUAAAGGUUAAUGGUUCUGUGGAAAAUGGAGGUUUGGUGGAAUAUUUUUUUGGCGAAAAUGGAGAUGCAUGUCUACAACAUAAUAAAUUUGUCGAAUUUAUGAGACAUUUGCAUGAUGAAAUGCUGGUACUGGAGUUUGCUCAUUAUGAUUAUAAGUUACGAGGAACCAUAUCAGCUGAGGACUUUGCAUUGUCCAUUGUUGCUUCUGCUGAUAUGGGCCACAUAAACAAGUUGCUUAAUCGGGUUAACCAAUUAAAGAGUGAGCCACAUCUUAGAGAAAGACGUAUUACAUUUGACGAGUUCAAAAGUUUUGCAGAGCUACGGAGAAAUUUGCAGCCAUUUUCUCUGGCCCUUUUUAGUUAUGGGGAAGUAAAUGGCUUCUUGACUCGGAGGGACUUCCAACGAGCUGCAUCCCAUGUUUGUGGUGUCUCACUCACAGACAAUGUGAUCGAAAUCGUUUUCCACGUGUUUGACGCAAAUUGUGACAGAAGCCUAAGUGCAGAAGAGUUUGUUGGUGUUUUACACAGACGAGAAACGGACAUCGCUCAACCUAUGGAGACAGGUAUCAUGGGAUUUUUAUCAUGCUGUGGGAAGUGCGCGAAUAAUCGCUCCCUUCGACGAUUCCUAUGUUAAUCCGUUGUUGUGGGUGUAUGGUCUUGGGAAUUUGCAGUAAGAGGCCUUUUAUCCAGUGAUUAUGAUUUUUUGUGUUGUGAGUUGAGGCGGAGCGGUCGACAAGCGGGAAGUUUAGAAGGUUUGACACCUGAAGAUUUUGUUCUUGGUGCCUGCCACAGCUACAUAAAUCACUGACAUAAUUUAUGAUAAUAGAUUCAGUUUUCUAAUUAGAACGUCGAGUUCAAUGCUUGUAUACCUGUACAUAUCUUUUAAUGAAAAAUCUAGGCAAUGUAUCAUGUUAUAUCUAAAACGAUCAGUAUAAUAAAGAUGUAGUUAUGUAA